GGCCUCUGGCUAAUAAUAGCUAAAAUAGCAAAUUGCUCUGUUUUCGAACCUAAAAAUGAAAAACGGUUAAUUGAACCUCGCUGUCUUUGCUUCAUCUUCAAGGAUUCACAAAUUCUGAGGAAGAUUAUUUAUACCCAUCUCUUUUGAUACACACUUUUUGUGUUAGGCUGUUAAGCCAUGGCUGCCUCUGUAUCUCCAUUGUCGGAAUCAAUCAAGAAGAAAGCAACACAUGCCUCUGCCAAGUUCCGAAACUCUUUUACCCGAAAGGGUAAGAGAAGCAGCAGCAAAGUCAUGUCUGUCGAAAUUGCAGAUGUGCAUGAUGUUGAGGAAGGUCAGGCUGUUGACAAGCUUCGUCAGGCGCUUAUAUUGGACGAGCUUCUUCCAAGCAAGCACGAUGAUUAUCACAUGAUGCUUCGGUUCUUGAAGGCCAGGAAAUUCGACAUUGAGCAGACCAAGCAAAUGUGGUCUGAAAUGCUUCAAUGGAGGAAGGAAUUCGGAGCUGACACGAUCAGAGAUGAUUUUGAAUUCGAGGAACUCAAUGAAGUCCUGGAUUAUUAUCCCCAAGGACAUCAUGGGGUGGACAAAGAUGGAAGACCGGUCUAUAUUGAGAGACUGGGACUAGUUGAUUCAACCAAGCUCAUGCAAGUCACAACCAUGGACCGAUAUUUGAAAUACCAUGUUCAGGAAUUCGAAAGAACAUUUGAUGUUAAAUUCCCAGCUUGUUCGAUUGCAGCGAAGAAGCACAUUGAUCAAAGUACAACUAUUCUUGAUGUUCAAGGAGUUGGACUAAAAAAUUUCAACAAAGCUGCUAGGGAGCUUAUUAUGAGCCUUCAGAAGAUUGAUGGUGACAACUAUCCUGAGACCUUGAGCCGGAUGUUUAUUAUCAAUGCUGGUUCUGGUUUUAGAAUGUUGUGGAGCACUAUCAAGUCUUUUCUUGAUCCGAGGACAACGGCGAAGAUUCAUGUCCUUGGGAAUAAGUACCAGAGCAAUUUGCUUGAGAUUAUUGAUGCCAGUGAGUUGCCAGAGUUUUUAGGAGGAAAAUGUACUUGUGCUGAUGAAGGAGGAUGUAUGCGUUCCGAUAAGGGACCAUGGAAAAAUCCAGAGAUAAUGAGUAUGGUCCAUAAUGGUGAUCAUAAGUGUUCAAAGGAACCAAGGACUCAGGUGGCUGAAGACAAGAAGUCAGUGUAUGUAUCCGAUGACGAAUUGCUGUAUUCCAAGGGACAUUCUUCCCCUUCAUUACCGAAAAAUUUCCAAGAAUCUUUCAAGCAUGAAGAUUAUGCCCCAAUGGUUGAUAAAGCUAUGGAUGUAACAAGUCACAUUGUUGUGGGAAGUGUCAAAUUUGACGCAUUUGCCUCUUCUAAGUCGGCAGAUUGUUUCGACAUGCCUGAGGCUUGCAAACCUCCUGAGGGGUUUAGUGCUCGUUUUUUGGGGGCUAUUAUGGCAUUUAUUUUGAGCAUUGUGGCUAUUUUCCGGAUAACAAGUAACGUGCCAAGGAAGCUUACUAAUUCCACCUUCUACUCUAGUGCUGUUUGCCACGACGACACAAUGCUGAAGAGCAAGGCGCCUUCUAAGCCUGCCAUUGCCAUUUCUGAUGCAGAUUUACAGUCCAUCAUCAAACGCAUGGCGGAGUUGGAAGAGAGAGCCAUUGUUUUGAGCACAAAACAAGCCACCAUGCCACCCGAGAAGGAGGAGUUGCUUACUGCUGCUUUGAGCCGGGUUGAUGCCUUGGAGCAAGAGCUUAUGGCAACUACUAAGGCUCUCCAAGAGUCAAUUUCCCGCCAAGAUGAGCUCUUGGCAUAUGUUGAAAAGAAGAAGAGGAAAAGGAGGUUUUUCAAGUUCCACUGGUGAAGGGUUCUUAUUUGCACCCUCAGUUUAUGUCUCAUUUACCACAUGUAAAUAAUUGUACAAAUUUACCUUGGUAAAAACAACUGCUUUGGUUACGAUUCUGCAUGAUAUCUUCGAAUAUUAUACAACAUCUUUUUAUUUGAGAUGAAUUUCCACAAGGGUG